AUCGGGUUUCUGAGUCCAAUAGAAGAUCAUCAUUGAAGCAUUCCCGCAGCCCGUCGGCUGCUGAGGUCGGCACCCAAAACGUCGACGGCUCUGGCUCCGACAUCCGCCGCAUCGCCAAGCGGGGCGCGCCGCGACAGCCGCUCCCUGCUCGUCGGACCCGGCGAUGACGCGAGGGAAGAGGAGCGCGAGAUGCGGGCUAACCUCGAUCGCCGCGCGGUCGUCGAAGAGGGAGAGGAAGGGGGAGGCGAGGCUCCGGAUCGGCAGCGCGACGGAGGAGCGUCGAGCGAUGCGGAGGACGACGACGACGACGACGACGACGAACAAGUCGGCUACACGCCUCUAGUCGAACCGACAACCACGAGGGAAGGCCUGCUGAGACCUCAGGACCCGGAUCGGACUUCAACCGGGUAUGUGGAUGGACUGGAUGAGGUGGAUGAGAGGGGCGACGACGACGAUGUCGAGAAGAAGAGGAGUGAUGAUUAUGAUGUUGGAAAUCACGCAGAGUUUGAGGACGACGACGAUGAUACGGAGAAUCUGGAUCCCGGGGAGCGUCUGGUGUGAACAAUGGCACUCUUCUGAGGGUACGUUGCGCCCGGGGAGGUUUGUGGGUUUUUAAGAGUCGGUGCGGGCCGCCCUGUGGUUUCAAAAGAAUCUACCACUUUCCACGGGAACAGAAAUGGCAGAGGAAAGAGCGUUCUUUUUUUUUUUUUAAAAAAAAAAAAAACCACUAACGUAUAAUUAAGGAACUUAGUUUAUCCAAAAACAGUCACA